CAACCUUUUAUAUCAGGGCAAUUUUGCUAUUCUUGUGUCUUUGCUAUACGGUGAAUCCAUUGUAGGUCGACCUUCUAACUUUAGGACACUGCAACAAUCUCGCACAGUCACAUGCAGCCAUCAAUUCGCUGCGAUCUCGAUCUCCUUUUCUACGCCUGUUUCAUACGGGCCGUCCGGGCUGUCAAGUGGCGUUGAACCAUCCACCCUAAACUCCGAGACACCUGCUCACCAUGUCACAUAUCAAUGAAAAGAAAGAGGAGCCAGGUUUUGGGCAGUCGGGGUUUCUUCAGCCUGACGAAAAUGGACCAACUGACGCACAAGACCGACGUUAUUCCACUACCAGUGUCCAUGGUCGCAGAAUGAGUAGAAUCGGUCCCCCACGCAAGUCGUCGUUGAAUAUAACCGAUGAUGCGGGCUCUGGCGAUGAGUACAACAGGCUCGUGGAGAUGGAGGCCAAUGAUGCCAUCAAGUAUAGGACAUGUUCCUGGCAAAAGACUGCUGCAUUGCUCUUCUCAGAGUAUAUCUGCCUGGCAAUCAUGUCGUUUCCCUAUUCGUAUUCCAUCUUGGGCCUAGUCCCUGGCAUCAUCCUGACUGUUGUCCAAGCCGCAUUUGUACUCUACACUUCUCUCAUUGUCUGGGAGUUCUGUUUGCGCCAUCCUGAGGUCAGAGAUGUGUGUGAUAUUGGCCAGAUGCUGUUUUGGAACUCCCAGAUUGCAUGGUACUUCACUGCCGUCAUGUUUUUGCUCAAUAAUACGUUUAUUCAAGGUCUGCAUGUUCUGGUCAUUUCGAGGUAUCUGAAUACGAUGACAAACCACAGUGUGUGCACCGUUGGUUUUGCCGCCAUCGGAGCCGUCAUCUCCUGGGUCUGUUCUAUGCCUCGAACCUUCAACACCCUGUCGAAGCUCGCCGCUGCCUCGGCCGUCUUUACGUUCAUCAGUGUUAUCUUGGCGGCGGCGUUUGCAGGUGCAGAAGGGAAACAUGGCACUGCGGGAUAUAACCCAGAUCCUAAUUUCAUUAAUGAGGCGGGCCAGAAUAUUGGUGGGGAGCCGCUGGUACUGGUAGUGCCCAUGGCUGGAACGACUUUCGUUUCAGGCAUGAAUGCCUUCUUGAACAUUGCAUACACAUUCAUCGGGCAGAUCACUUUGCCCAGUUUCAUUGCCGAAAUGAAGAACCCAUACGACUUCCGCAAGGCUCUUUGGUUGGUGACCAUCUGUGAGAUUAUUGUCUUUAGCCUGGUGGGCGGUAUUGUAUACGGAUACACGGGCACACAGUACAACACGGCUCCGGCUUUUGGCAGCCUGGGAAACGACGUGUACAAAAAGGUGUCAUUUUCUUUCAUGAUCCCAACACUGAUAUUCUUGGGCGUCCUAUACGCGUCAGUGUCUGCCCGGUUUCUCUUCUUCCGCAUCUUUGAAGGUACUCGACACAAGACGAGUCACACAGUGGUUGGAUGGCUGGCAUGGGCAGGGAUUUUGGCGGCGACGUGGAUCAUGGCAUUCAUCAUUGCAGAAGUGAUUCCAUUCUUUGCGGAUUUGCUAUCCUUGAUGAGCUCGCUAUUUGAUUCCUUUUUCGGCUGGAUCUUCUGGGGGACGGCGUACAUUAGGAUGAGAUACGCGGACCUAGGACCCCGGUUCUGGACGAAAAGAGGCAUCCGUGGAUGGAUCGGGUUUCUGGUCAACAUCUUCAUCAUCCUCGUGGGGUUCUUCUUCUUGGGUGCUGGCACUUAUGCUUCGGUCGACAGCAUCAUCCUAGAUUACGAGGCCGGAAAUGUCAAGGGCGUUUUCACCUGUGCCGACAAUUCAUUGUGAGGGCACCAGUCAGCCUGAGCAGCUCGAGAGCAGAUGAGCGUUUGACGGGUCCUGAGAAUGACAAGAAGAACGAGGGAGGUAACCUAUCUCGAAAGCGGCAGUGACAUCGAGCGAAUGGCCAAUGCGUUGCACUAAAGAGGACAGAUAUAUGGGUUGACGGG